GACACAUUUGGAAAGUGGAUUUUCAGUUUAGGUGUCUACUAUUCUAGGUCACUGAUGUUUUCUAAAAAGCAAUCUGAUGGAUCGAGGCGGUUGCUCGAGAAAAAAAUGUACCUCGCUCGAGAACGUCCAGAUGAUAUAUUUGAUCUGUCUUCGUGUGAACUUAAAAUGAUUCCUGAAGGAACUUUUUCACUUGUUAAAGUUUUACUAAAAACAAAAUUAUAUUUACAACAAAAUUUCUUACAAAAACUUGAUUCCGGUGGUAAACUAACAUAUCUUCAAAAUAUUGUACUGCUUGAUAUAAGUUCAAAUGAAUUUCAACAAUUACCUAAUAAUAUUUCUGAGUUGAAAUGUUUACAGGUUUUAAAUGCUUCAAAAAAUCUAUUAUCAACAUUACCAUCUACCAUAACAUCUCUUUCUCAACUUUUAUUUCUUAACAUUGAAGAUAAUCGUCUUACUGAAUUACCAUCAGAUUUUGGGAAAUUACAACAUAUUACUAAACUUUAUUUGAAAAAUAAUCCUUUGUCAUUUUUACCUAAACAAUUGUGCUAUUUGAAAGAUUUGAAAGAAUUAACUCUUUCCUGCGAUCAUAUACAAUAUCCUACUUCAGAUAUAUGUAAACUGGGACUGACAGCAAUAAUGGAUUAUUUAUCUCAAGAAGAAGGAAUGAAAUGUUGUAAUGUUGUUGUAAAUUAUGAAAAUGUGGCUAGUAAUUACACUUCCACAAAUAAGAGUAAUACUUUUAAUGAAAUGAAUGAACAAAAUAUGCAAAGUUGUUCCAACAAUACAGAAACACCAUCAUCAUCAUUAAUUAAUCAUAUUAAAAAACGAAACGAAGAAAAUCUUCUAGCCUUAGAAUUAGAACGUCAAUCAUUGGAAAGUCGUUGGACAGAACACGAAUUAAAUGCUAAAUUGAAUCAAAAUAAACAAAUACUUGUACAGUUAGCAGAAGAAGAAGCACGUGUUUGUGCUGAAUUAUCUGCUAUACAAGAUAAACGAAAACAACAACGUUCUACAUUAAUUUCUAAUGUUACACUAGCUGAACAGAAUGCUGCUGAUAUAAUCAAACAAAUACUGACAAUUAAUAAAUCAGCAAAGUUGAUAGAGAAGAUGGAAGAUGUGUUCAAUGCACAUCAGUUUAGUUCUACUGAUUAUACAUCUUUGUCACAAUCCAAACGAAAAGAAAUCCUAGCUUCAAUGCAAGAAAUGUUGUCAAUUACAGACAAUGCUUAUGCAGUUCAUACAAUGAAUUUGAAUUCAACUAAACUUCACAGUCUUUCAAAUAAUAAAGAUUCCACUAAUGAAUAUGUUGAACAAGUUCUAGCGAAUAAACGUGCUGAUCAUACAAAAUUAACCUUUAAUCUUAUGCUAGAGGAAAGUGUUCAAAAAGAAGCUUUCGCUCAGUUACAACGUCAAAAAGAUGGUCAAGUUGCAAGAUUACAAAAAGAGAUAUGCUUAGUAGAAGAAGAACUUUGCCGGCUUACCUUAGCUGAACGGUCACGUGUUAAUCAGCGUACUGAGGUUAAUCAACGUGUUCUUGAUGAGUGUAGAUCUGAACUACUACAAUUGUUAACUCAAUUAAUAGAUGAACAACAAGAUCGUCAAAAGGAAUUACGAAAACGUUUGGAGGAAAUCGAACAACAAAAGAAAGACGAUCAAUUGGAUUUUUGGUUAGUUCAAUAUCAACGUGUAUUAAAUUCAAAACCUGUCAAAUUACUUGAUAAGCCAGACUCAGAUGUUCAAACAAUUCUUAGUAAUGCACAAUCUUUGGAAUUUCUGCCUAAUUUUCAACGACAUGCUAUUACCUAUUCAAUUAUGCAAACUAUGACAGAUAGUGAUCUUAAAGAAUCCUUCGCACUACUAUUUAUACUAUUGUUCGGAACUUUUUCCUAUCAUUUCAUCUUGUUGUGGCGUAACAACUCAUGUUGACAUGCAUUCGUGUCUUUUUUUAUCGAUUGUGCCUGAUUGACUUUUGCUGUUCGCAAUUAUUAGUGUUAAUAAUAUCCUUUUUUUCCCUAGCUGGAAUAUCGUGUGGGGUGUUUUGUUUUCAAUUUCUAACUAACCCUUUUUGAUACGACCGAAUCUGUUAAAUUGGUGGUUAACUUGCUUAUUUGGAGAUUUUUUGUCUGUUAUCCUGUACAGUAUAGUGUGAUGCUUUAAUUUCGCUGAUUUUUGAUUUAAUUUUAUAUCCUAAUUUACAACUAAGUUGCUCUUCUAUCUCUCACAGUUAAUGAAUUAGUGCAAGUAUGUACAUCUUGAGAACUAGCUAAAAGUAGAAAGAAUCACUGUACACUUGACACACGAUGCUGUGCAGUCUAUAUAUUUACCGUAUAUUGAUUAAUCGUAAGUUAUGACUGUUUUUAAAGGUAGCCGUUUCAAUUGAUAAUCAUGCCUUCGGCUUUUUUUGUUUUAAAAAACUACGUAUAAUAAAACAUAGAUUGGUAUUCACACUCUUGGAGCACGUCGUGAGAUUUUGAAGCAGAUCGGUUUGUACAAAAUGAGAACAAAUGAUGAAGACAAGACGUUAAAUACGAUAGAAUCACUUCCAACACCGUAUGUAACACCAUCAGCUCCGGAGGCUAUAUUAUCGAGUAUUAUUAUAUCUGACGAAGUUGUGGCUCGUAUGGAAAAUGAGUGUUGUAUAUGUCAAGACGCAAUAUGCUCAACGAUAUUCCUUCCAUGUGGUCAUGUCUGUUGUUGCAAGAAAUGUUCUGAAAGUGUUCUUGAUUGUCCACUGUGUCGUUCCAACAUACACAAUCGAAUUCAAUUACAUUUCUGAUUAUGGUAAAACCAGGUAAAGGGAUUUUUCUGAUAUCAGUCAAUUUUUGCUGCCUUACAUAUAGAACGCAGCAGAGUCUAGAAACUUUAACUUCCCUUAACAUCUUUAGAACUUUCAGUGAUUCGCUAAUCACAUAAACUUACAUUACAUAAUUAUGCACAGGAUUUUUAAAACUGGAUGUACUAUUUAUUAUUUGCAAUUAACAUGCAUCUAUCCACAUUAUAACUUCCAAAAUGCAUUUUAUAAGAUACUGGGAGUAUCAAGAUUUGUGGUAGGUAUCAAGGAGAUCAGAUUUCGGCUUUAAAACCGCUUUGUCAGGAAUACUGACAAGCCAACCAGGCUCCAGUCCAUGAAAUAUUUGUCGAGGAUCUUUCCGCAUAGACAUCAGCUUUCGAGUGGAUUCUGAGGAUGAACUAAAAUCGAUUGGGCGAUAACCAUACUUUUGAGCCAGCCAAAUUCGAGAUUUCGCCACUGCCUCAGGGUCCGCCAGAUAACCUCGAGACUCAGCGUCCGCGUAGAAUGGAAUCAACGCCUAUAAGAAGCAAAAUACAUUUAAAAUAAAGAAUAAUGAUCAAGUACCGAACGAUGGUAACAUGGUGUAAACCAGAUUCUAAUAUUUUUCGAAUUUAAACUAAAUUUUGUUUCUACUGCCUAUGCGAUAUUAUCUGACUCAUAAUAAUAAGAUAAUAACAAACUAAAAAUCCCUAAAUGGCAACACUUUUUUAAAGUGAUAUGUUCAAAAUGAGAUUUAACUAUAGAUUCAAUAUGAAGAAGUCAAAAUGAGUAUGUUCACCCAUUAAACACACAGUACAUUGAUAUUUAACUACAUUAAAGUUGAUACUCCUAGCUAUAUUUGUCCAGUGACCAGUAAUAUAUUAAUUAUGAACCUUGAGACCGGGCAUUUUAAAAUGAAAAUUGAUUUUCGAG